AUGGCCGUAGCAGAUCUACUAGUCGUCAUUACUCAAGUCAUUUUGGGCCCAAUAAAUAACUAUUACCUGCACGUUUCAUUCUUUUUCUAUACACCUGGGUGUAACUUCAGCGAAACCUCUAGUGCCGUAGCUGUCGCCUCCUCUGUCUGGCUCACUGUUGCCUUCACCUUGGACCGUACAGUGGCCAUUUGCUUCCAGAAGCUGAAGACAAGAUACUGCACUGAGAAAGGUGCAGCCAUCAUUAUUACAAUGGUGAGUGUGCUGAGUGUGUUAACCAACAUCCCGUGGUACUUCAUGUAUCCACUGAUUGGAACAUUUGUAUGCCAAGUCUCAUAUGCAUACUAUUAUUCGCCCGUGUGGCAAGCCUUUGACUGGGGGCACCGCAUUUUAACCCCAGUCACCCCCUUCAUGCUGAUCCUGUUGCUCAAUGCCGUCACUGUCAGGCACAUCCUGAUGGCCAGUGUAGUCCGCAGGAAACUGAGGGGGCAGCGGAACGGGGAGGGGAAGGACGAUCCAGAGAUGAAGAAUCGAAGAAGAUCCAUCAUUUUGCUCUUCACCAUAUCGGCCAGUUUUAUCCUGUUGUGGAUGACACGGGUGGUCAUUCUGGCAAUUCAGAGAAUUACUGGACAGUAUCAGGCAAUGACAAUUUCUUAUGUUGUGGGAGAGCACCUGGGAACAAUGCUUCAGUUAUUCAGCUCCUGCACCAACAUGUUUAUUUAUGCCGUCACUCAGAGGAAGUUCCGGGAGGAGGCGAUAAAUGCCGUGAAAGAUCCUUUUAUGGCCAUCCUGAAUUUCAUUAAAUGUUAG